AUGCCUAAACAAGCUCGCAAGUAUCGCGAGUCUCUUUUGCACGAAGGUAUGCGGGUCAUCAAAAAGCUGGCCACGACGCCUGUAGCGCCGGGCCAGCCACCGUUCGCCGAGGCACAAUUCUAUAUGGCCAACUGCUACGGCAAUGGACGCAACGGGGUUAGUAUUGACCACGUCAAGUCAUAUCAUCUGUAUGUGCAGGCAUCGAAGCAGAAUCAUGCGGCAGCGACGUACCGCACGGCGGUAUGCAACGAGCUGGGUGCUGGGACCAAGCGCAACUAUGAGCUCGCCAUGCGCUUCUACCGCAAAUCAGCUUCGCUUAGCGACACGGCCGGCCUGAUCCUGCUGCAUGGCCUCCUUGAUCAGCCGGCGAACCCCCGCGAGGCCAUAGUGUGGCUGCGCCGCGCCGCGAGCCAGGCCGACGAAGAUCACCCACAUGCCCUGCACGAGCUUGCACUACACUACGAGGAUCCCGCUGGAAAGGUCGUGCCGCACGACGAGGUGGUGGCACGGGACCUCUAUACCCAGGCGGCGCGGCUGGGGCACGCACCGUCGCAGUGCAAGUUGGGUGACGCCUUUGCCAACGGCACCCUAGCCUGCCCCGUCGAUGCACGGAGCAGCAUCAGCUGGUAUACCAUGGCGGCCAACAAGGGCCUGGGCGAGGCAGAGCUCGCGCUCAGCGGCUGGUUCCUCACAGGUGCCGAAGGCGUUUUGCCGCAAAGCGACACAGAGGCGUACCAAUGGGCGCGCCGUGCGGCGGCUAAGGGCAUCGCUAACGCCGAAUAUGCCAUUGGGCACUAUACCGAGGUCGGUAUCGGCACACCCGUGAACUUCGAUGAGGCCAAGCGCUGGUACAGCAAGGCCGCCGCGCAGCAUCACGCACGUGCUGCGCAGCGCCUGCAGGACUGGAAGACGAACCAUAGUCGCUCGAGCCCGGGCGCCGAGAAAGAGUGCGUCAUCAUGUAA